UAGACCUUAAUUAGCUUCUGUCUGGGACUUUAAGAGAAACAUAACACUAGAGAAAUAAUUUUGUUAUCUUGUUAAAUUAACUCUGUUUAUUAAGGUUACAGACGAGCAGGGCUGAUAAUUUUUGCUGCUUAGCUCCCACAUUAUCGUUUCGCUGUAGCCGCUAACCGCUACCUUAAUGCUAACAGAGCUAGUGCGGCUAUUGGGUAAUUGCUAAUAGUUACACGUGUGCGGCGGCCAGGUUAACGUUUAUGGUUUAUGAACUGUUUAAUAUUUAGACGUUGUUAAAACUGGAGCUUAAGUGAUCUCUCGAAAUUCCUCGUAAGGUUUGUUCAGUGCUGUGAAUGUCAGCUGUUUCAGCUGCUGGCGGUGAAAGGAGGAGGCGAAGACGCCACUGUUAGUAUGGAUACCGCUGCGAAUGAACAUCCGGCCCCACCGUAAAUUCUUUAUUGACCAGCAUCAAUUGAUUAGUAUCGCUUUUAAUUAAUUUAAUUUUUUUUUUUUGAUAGCCCUAUUUCAGACGCUCAAAUAUAAGGAUAUCCCGGUCCCAUCUGAUGAUGAGCUGAUUUGGGUGAACAUGCAAAAAUGCAAAAAAUUUUAAUGGCUCUACUUAUUUGCCAUCUUUCUCAGAGUUAGAUCAGAUACCACUCUCCUGUGUUUUUGGUAAACCUGAAGUCCAUUCGCUGUGAUUUUCUAGGUUUAUGUGCUGGACUGUUUCUUCACCACUGAUCAAAAGCAAAGACUGUUGAGAAGGCGAGAGGGCAAAUUCCAGCCUUUCAGACGAUUGUUUGGGAAGAAGAAGAAAAGACAGGCGGAAGAGGGCUUUGAUGGAGCACAGCUAAAAGCCAGUUUUUCUACAGGGGAAGUGUGCAAUGGAGUUACAUCUGACGACGAUCAAAAUCUGAGGGAGUUGAAUCCCAUCGGAUCUCGAGCUCUCUCACACGACAGCAUCUUCAUUCCAGAGGAGCCGGUGAAGGAGGCCGGUCUAGAUCACAGCAUGUCCCAGGAAAACGUGUCGGAUAAAGUUAGGAAUUUACAGAGGCAGAUAGCACAAGGUAUAAAAUUCGGCCAAAGGCCUCCUUCUCUGAGGAGGAGUGAGGGAGAUGAGGGCAGCUCAGAUGAGGAAGAGGUUCCCCGGAGCCCUUUGAAGGUUUUGGCCCAGGUAGAAGCAGAGCCACCAAGAACAGAGCCAAAGCAGGUCCAGGGAGCUCAGCCAUCUGGACCACACAGCCCCCCAGUGAAGUCUCCAAGGUCCAAACGAGUUCUUCCACCCACUGGUACGAUUGAGUCCAUCAACCUCGAUGCCGUCCCUCAGUCUGUUCCUCGCUUAGACAACACUGCCGCCAAGCAUAAACUCUCCAUCAAGCCGAAAAACCAGCGGAUUUCCCGCAAGCACAGGCGGUUUACACAGGACCUCCAAGAGGUAUCCAUUCCUGGUGUGAUGCAAGAUGACCUAGAGGUGGCAGGUGUCUCCCCAGACGACCAACGCAGAGCAUCUGUUGAGUCCCUUGAAAGCUUCAAGAAACAGAGACUCCAUGAGGAGGAAAUACAGGAAGUAAGGAGGAUGAGGGAGCUGGAGGAGCUGAGGCUCAGACAGGAGGAAGAAGAGAGGAGGAAGAGAGCAGAGGAGCUGAGGCUGCAUGAACUGGAGGAGGAGAAAUGUCGUAAGCAACAGCAGGAAGAAGAAGCGAGAAGGCUGCGAGAGGAGGUAGAGAGAAAGAGAAGGGAGGAGGAGGAAAGCAGGGUCAGAGAGGAGGAGGAAAGGAAGAUCAGAGAGGAGGAGGAAAGGAGGCAAAAGGAAGAGGAAGAGCGCGUGAGGAGGCUGGAAGAGGAAAGGAGGAUGCGAGAAGAGGAGGAGCGUCGACAGCGGGAAGAAGAGGAAGAAAGGAGACAACUAGAAGAACUAAGGAGGAAAGAGGAAGAGGACAGGAAAAGGCAAGAGGAGGAAGAAAUGAGGAAGCAAGAGGAAGAGGCAAGAAGGCAGCUGGCGCUUGAGGCUGAGAGGAAGAAGCUGAUGGAAGAAGAAGAGGAAAGAAAGAAAAAGGAGGAAGCAGAAAAACUGAGGUGGGAAAUGGAAGAAAAGGAAAAAAAGGCAGCAGAGGAGAAGCGGAGAAAAGAAGAAGAGGAGCAGAGGAGGAUGUUGUUGGAAGAGGGCGAUGGGAGUUUUGACCCACAAGAAAAGAAGAGGAGAGCUGAAGAGUUACGCUGGAGGGAGAUGGAGGAGAGACAGAGGCCUUUUUCUUUUAAAGUGUCCUCUGGUGAGAAGCAGAUUCUCUUCCAGAAGGUCAAUCUGAUGCCUGUUACCCCAACCUCCAGCCACCAGAGUGCUGCUGUCCCUUAUCAAAGAGAUGGAGUGAAGGCUUCCUCCUCUGAAGGACCAGACUCCCCCAACCUGCCAACAUCUCCAUAUGUUCCCCAUACGGCCAUCCUAGUGACAGGCGCCCAGCUAUGUGGGACAGCUGUCAAUCUAGACCAGAUCAAAGACACCGCCUGCAAGUCCCUGCUGGGUUUGGGAGAGGAUAGAAAGGCCCAGGGAACGCCGCCAACAAAGAACAAGACGUCCCCGGAACGCAAGUCCGGAAAAACCAAAUCACUAAAUGAAUCCACUCUCUGUACCGACCAAUCCAGUGCAGCCGUCCUAGCAGAAUGGGCAAGUAUCAGAUCAAAGAUAUUCAAGGGAGUAGAGGAGGGGAAGUAUGAUGAGUACCCAGAGCCAAGCAGAAGCCAGCCUCAGUCCAGCAAUGAAGAACAGCCUCUGUUUGCUCACACAAACCUCAGGAAGACCAUGUCUGCCAGCGCCAAGUUCUCCAUCACCCCUGCAAGGAAGAAGUUUGGAGAUUCAAAUAGGAGCUCUGAGGUGUUUAGUGCAGAACGUAAAGAAGCAGGAGAGGAAGUAGCUCCACCUGGAAGCCCCACUGCAGCCUCUCCCUCUCCAACAAGUAAACCUCAGAACAGGACAAGUAAAAGUGUCCGCAUCGUAGAAAGAGGGUCAGAUGAGUGUAUGUUUGCCAAAGACCUUCCUUCUUUCCUGGUUCCCAGUUCUGAAAUUAAAUCUGAGGGGCCAGAAUUGAAGAGCAGAGUUCAGAGUGAGACAGGGGCAUCUGAAAGCAGAGAGGAGGGAGAGGAGCAGGGCCAGGACAGUGAGGAGAAGCCUUCUCCUUUUGGCAUAAAGCUGAGGAGGACCAACUACUCUCUGCGCUUUCACAGCGAGCAGUCCACGGAGAAAAAGAAGAAACGUUACAGUGCUGGGGACAGCUUUGAUGGCAUCCCUUCGCCUCUCACCCCCAUUGAGCCAGACUCUGACACGUCCUCUGUCUUUUCGGACAAAUCAAGCCCCACAUCGCCUCAGAAAGAGGGCGCGGUCGGCAAGUAUUUGCACGCGUCUGCCUCCCCUGCUUUCCCCCGGGCUAAACUGAGUAAGUCUCCCAGCCCGACUCCACACAGCGAGGGUGAGAAAGUGCUUUCCAAGCCACCGCUCUACCGCAGGCCAGCAACAUCGCCUAAGCCAACAGGUACGGUCCCAACACCUCCUCCAUCACCGCUACCUAAGGUAGCUCACGGGCCUCCCAGUGAUGAUACAGUGCAGAGUACAGGAGGCGCAGAUUCAUCCAGCCAGGAGCAAGCUGGCAGGAGUGAGGAACCUUCAGCAGUGGCCCUGUUGCACAAGAGCGGCCAAUGUCAUGUCCAAGGGGAAGAAGAGCCGAAGGAGAAGAGAUCAUUCUUCCCCUCCAUUAACAUACCCUGGAGGGAGAAGGCAGACAGAAAGACAGAACUCAUCAGGAGAGAAAAACCAUCCCUGCAGAGCAGGCACUCACUGGAUAGUGCGAGGGUCCAGGAGAAGGAGGCUGGACCCUUAUGGAUCACAUUGGCUCUGCAGAAGCAGAAAGGCUUCAGGGAGCAGCAGCAGAACCGGGAGGAGCGCCGUAGCCAAAGAGAGGCCAAACUGGCAGAAAAACAAGCCAGAGAGAGAGACAGUGUUAUGCUGGUGAGCCCCACAGAGAGCAAAGGAAGUGGGAGCACCAGUCCUUCAUCUAAACCUCAGACACCAGAGGAGCUCAAGAGACCCGACAGCCUGCUGGGAAAAUUCGAGCGCCGAGAACACCUGAAAAAGGCCAACACUUUACCGAGCUCUGUCACCGUUGAGAUUGCAGACUCUACACCGUCACCACCUGCUGUCAAAGAGGUGUCAAAGCGCUUCCCCUCCAGUGACUCGCCACAGGUUUCCACAGAGCCGGCCUGGCUUGCGCUGGCCAAACGAAAGGCCAAAGCCUGGAGCGACUGUCCUCAGAUCAUCAAAUAAAACCUCAAACCGCCUCACACGGGACUCCGGCCUGCACUGAGGGUGCACACUGCCCAUAGACUCUGAAGCACUUGGAGAGUCACCAUUACCCGUCCCUCCCCUCACAAUGAGAACUCCUGACUGUGAAACCAGUAAAGCUCUCCAUCACCUCCCUAACCCUCCACACUGGCUGGUACUAUUAUGAUGUUAAAGUGCGCUUCACGUUCACUUAAUCCAAUACAGUCGCACAGAUAUAAACAACUGAUGCGAGCAUGCACAUACUGUAUAAAAACACAAAGUAUAUGUCCCUAAAAGUCCUCUGCAGCCAAUCACAAACAUGGUUGUCCUCUGCAAUAGCCAACUGUCUUUUUUUUUUUUUUUUAAUUGUGUAGCCAACGGUGUAACCAUGGUUGUAAAUAAAUCAUUUGCUCAACACAAUAUAACACUUAUAAGCUCUGAUCUAUGACAGUGUUUAACAGAGGGUAACUGUCUGAAUCACGCUUUAAGGGCUACCAGUAAAACUAAAACCUCAGCGUGACCCUGCUGAAACUGCUUCUGGAAGUGUUACAGGCAUCUCUUCUCCCAUCCCUGGCAUUGUUUAUGUAAAGCAGCAGAUUUAUCUCUUCUGUAUCUUUUCUCUGAGCCUUGUUUGUCAUGUACAAAAGAUGCCUUUUUUAAAAAAAAAAAAAACAAAAAAAACUCAUACUGGAAAAAUCUUAGCUUAACAAUUCUCACUGUGUCCGUGAUGACUGUGAUAGCUGUCCAAGGAGCUAUUGUACAAUUUUGCCAUGAUUAAAAAAAAAAUAAAAUAACAAUCGGUCAUAAUCUCUCUCACACACACAUGGUGGGUGCACCUAAACACAGCACUGAAGACCACAAGUGUUACUGGGCAUUUAUGGUGAACCUGCACCUCAUCCUCACAGCUGUGAGACGAUGUAAUUUGGAUUUAUUUAUUAUAAUUAUUACUACUUUGCUUUGCUUAUGGAGACAGACACAACAUCUCCUAGCUGUAGACCUACAACUCUUGUAGUUGUCCUCCUGUAACACGCUCGUCUUAGUAGGCCUGCGCCAUCACUUCCUCUUAAAUGUGAUAUGAUCCUACAUAAUGUAAACAUUUCCUCUAUGAAAAAAAACCCCUUGAUUCUUAUUUCCUGCCACUCACUCAAUGAUCUGUAUCUAUGUAAGUAUGUACUGUAAGUCAAAGGCAUUACCACAGGUCUGGUCAGAAAAGAGGCCCCUAAAAGAGGUAAAUUCACUGUCAUUUUGUUUCUAACUUUGGUCGUGCACAAUAGUGUAGUGUACGCAGUGUUGUAUGUAACAAAAAAAUGUUUGGUAUUAUUUGCACUUUUUUGUCCCACUUACAGAUAUGAACAAAAAAUUCUUAAGGAGAUACAAAAAUGUUAUGAGUACUGUAAAUUAAAUACUGAUGUCUGAA